AUGCCGGCCAUGUGGGACAGCUUCAAAACUGGCACUGGCCCCAGUCUUCAUCAGCUGCCACCACAAGAAUUGAAGAAUCGACCAUUCCUUCGACAGACACAAAGUUCAUCUUCCAACGGAUUGCCCCAGAGUCGAUCUGCUACCAGCGCCCACAGCAAUCGAACUGUGACUUCGAAUAAGUCACGCGACGACGUUUACGAGAGUCAAACUCAUCUUCACGACGACUUCGAGAACCGACUUAACGGACUUGGCAUUCAAAACGGUCCUUUCAGAUACGAAAUUCGCCGUGGAAAAACAGUUCGAACACCAGAUAUCUCAGGUCCACCACGUCUCUCCCCUGUCCUCGGAUCUGAUGAUAUCCGGACAAAAGCUCCUCCUCGAAACCCGCGACGAUUAGAAGGCGAGGACGACUCUCCCUGGCGUCCUGCCUCUUCCAUCUACACAAACGACGACGGAGACAGAAGGAGCAGUCGUCACUCCCGCCACUUGCAAUAUUUGAAGCCAUCUAACUCCAAGGCACCUGCCAAAGACAUGUACGGUCGUGGUGUUGAGAUCUCGCCUCCAAGCUCUCCCGAGUUUGAUACCAGGCAAUAUGGACCAAACUCACAAGAUGUCUCGCCAAUCGAUGACUCUCCCAACUUAUCUCAGCUGGAUCUUCUUGGAGAGCGUCGAUUGACACCUACCCAAGCACAAGCACAACUCAGUAGCCAGAUACCUACUAUGCGCCGUGAGAAGCCAACAAGCCCUAGCCUUCCUUCACCACUUCGAACCACCAGAUCCUCCGAUCAGCUUGCGGAGGCCAGUAAGCCCUGGGAAAAUAUUCAAUCAACAACCAACAGGACUAAGCAACCAUUCGGAUCCACGACUAUUGUCACUGGUCCGCAGCACACCAGUUCGGGCAACCCUUCUCCGACACUUGGGCAGCGAAUCCGAAAGUUUGCCAGAGCGAAGCCAGAGCCUCUAGAAACUCGACCACCAUGGAAUGGAGCGAGCGGACGUGCACCUAUGGUUGACCCAGUUCGGGAUGAUCCUACCGUUGCACCCUUGAGCCUGCAGCGCAGGGUCAGUAAACGGGUUGGCCUUGGUGGAGGUCGUAAUCCUGAAACACCUAGCGACAAUGCUGGAACGGGUCGACGUCUCCUCACCUCACGGUCCGCACAGAAGCUCAACGAGAGUUAUAAAACGCCAUCACCUGAACUUGUUUCGCACCCGUAUCCUAGCCCUCCAAACACUGGCUCCCCGCCGCCGUCUCAGCCAAACAUGUCGCAUGCUGCGCCUUCUAUGCUCGCGCCCAAUAUGGUGCCUGAUCAGCUCAAGGCCAUAAAGAGGAAACCAUCCCCCUCGACCUACAACCCUCACACUUCUUGGUCAAGUUCCGUCUACUCGGCGAUGACCGAGAACACAAUUCUUGGCGAAAAACCACUGCUUAACUCGAUCGAGACAUCAAGACUAUCCACACCAGAGGACCCUUGGGAACAGCCUCCAUCUCGAUUCAGCGUUACGACUUGCAACACCGCUGCUGCUAAGACACCGGUUGUGCCUGACGAAGAAGAGCGACCAGAUACGCCGAAGCAAACCCCCUCAGUGAUGGAUCGUAGGAGACCAGUCCCAGGUGGAGAUAACUUCAGAAGAGCCUCGAACGUGCCAAUCGUCAUCUCAAUGAACACGUCUUCACGAUCGAGUCUGCGUCCUGAGUCUAUCAUGUCCACGGACAAGGAACUGCCACCUGCACCACCAGAGGUCCAAUCGGCACAUGACCGUGUAGCUUACCUCAGUGCUCGACUUGACAGCCUAGCCCACAGACGUCAUAACAUCAACAAGAGCAUCAAGCAGAUGACGGAGUUAAUGCCCACCGACAGGCUCUUGUCUAGCACCGAAGUUAUGCGCAAGCGGGAGAUUGAGAAGAAGAAGGUGGAGGCGCUCAAGGAGGAGCUGGCAGAGAUUCAAAGAGAGGAGCACGACCUGGGUCUGAAGCUCUACAGAGCUAACAAGCGUGCUGAAAGAGAGGCGGCCUUUGAGCCUUCUUCUCUCUGGGUCAGACGUGUGACAUCCUAA